CUUGCGCCCCCUUGCAUUUCCACUAACGAAUGGUACCAACUCCUCGACUACUUUCCCGUUCUCCCUCCUCUGGCCUAGCGGUAUCAGUGCUGUCUGCGUUAUUGAGCCAUGUUCCCAAGCUUGCCUUCAGUUAUCCCACAGCGCCCAACGGCGGCCCCACUGCUUUCGCCGCGAAUGGCGACGGCAAUGCCGCCACGCACACUUUCGCAAAGAGAGACACUCCCCCGACGGAGAAGAUCAUCUUCCCAAUCCUUAUCCCCGUUCUUGUCUUGUUGUCGGGUUUGUUUGCCGGUCUGACAUUGGGCUAUAUGAGUCUGGACGAAACACAGUUGAAUGUGCUUAGUCUAAGUGGCACACCUGACCAAAGGCGCUAUGCGAAUAAGAUUAAGCCUAUUCGCAAGAACGGCCACCUCCUUCUUGUGACACUGCUGCUUGCGAACAUGAUCGUCAACGAGACUCUGCCAGUCAUAUCCGACCCGGUGUUGGGAGGAGGAGUGCAGAGCGUCGUCGUCAGUACUGUCUUGAUUGUCAUCUUCUCGGAAAUCAUUCCACAAUCUGUAUGCAGUCGUUAUGGACUCUUGAUCGGCGCAAAGAUGGCGCCGUUCGUCAAAGUCCUUAUCUAUACUUUUGGUAUUGUUGCUUGGCCAGUCGCCAAACUUUUGGAGUGGGUGCUUGGCUCUCAUCAUGGCAUCAUCUAUCGCCGGAGUGAAUUGAAGCAACUCGUCGCAAUGCAUGCCAUGAAUGCCACACACGGAGGUGACCUCAAGACCGAUACUGUGACAAUCAUUGGUGCGACCCUCGACUUGCAAGAGAAAGUGGUUGAGCAGGCCAUGACUCCUCUCGACAAAGUCUUCAUGCUUCACAUAGAUACGAAGCUGGACUACGAGACCUUAAAGCGCAUAUGUGCUACCGGCCAUAGUCGGAUCCCUGUAUACGAGGAUAUUGAAGUACCAGGCUUGGUGACUGAAGGCGGCCUCAACGGUCCGGCUGAGAUGCACAAGGUCAAGAAGAUCAUCGGUAUACUUCUCGUGAAACAGUGUAUAUUAUUGGAUCCUCAAGAUGCAGUGCCACUGCGUUCGCUUCCCCUUAACAAGGUACCGUUUAUCCCGAGGAACGAACCCUUGCUUGGCAUCCUUGAUAAAUUCCAAGAAGGAAGGAGCCACAUGGCAAUCGUUAGUCGCCUGAGCGUUGAGCGUGCAGCGAGCGUCAAGAAGGAAGUGAAGCGAAGUCUCACUCAACGUAUCAGGGACCGCGUCAUUGGCGAGUCUGAGUCUAGCGGCGAAGAGACCGAGGCGGAAAGUGGACGAGGGAGCACCGAUUCGCGCGUCCUCGACCGCGAUGCCACCCUCCGAGGUGAUGGUCAAGUCGAGAAGCAGCUUGCUGAAGGCAGCCAAUCUGAUGACCAGGAGAAACGCGACCGGAACCACUCCUUCAAGAGGGGCCGUAGCCGGAAGCACAAACGUGGGCACGUGGAUGUCGAGAUGGGUAAUAUUGAGGAACAGCGGGAGGGGACGAAGAGCAGACGUGGUAGUAUUGCUAAGCAGCUCAGGCCUGCGGGAUUGUUGCAGGAGAUGCCGGCUGAUGCUGUGCUCUCUAAGGAACGUGCUGAACCGUAUUUACAAAGUUUCGACCCUGCUGUCAUGCCCGUGGGUAUCAUCACCCUGGAAGAUGUCCUAGAGGAACUUAUUGGUGAAGAGAUUUACGACGAGUUCGACCCUCAAGGUGGUCAUGUCGUGUCGUACGAUCCUCCUGAGUCGGUUCGCUCUCACGGCGGUCGCUCUACUCUGAAGAGCUUGAGGCGCCAAGGUUCAGCCCCCGAAUUGACCUCCACUGCUUCAGACAAACGCCCGUCCACCGGUUCCGGGGGAGGAUCCAAGUCUACUAGCACUACACCUAUCCUGCGUCCUAUCGCGAUUCCCGCGGCGUUUAAGGGCCUUAACUUCUUGAGAAGUCGCAGCGCUCCGCCUACGCCUCGGGAUAAGAACGUUCAAAGCGGCGCUGGAACUACCAUUGGAACCUCUGUCCCUGCUGUCCCUCCGUUGCCUGAGAUGACACCCCCGGCGAUAGAUCCUGAGUCUGAUAAACGCAUUGGUGAGGAGGGGCCUGCUGGACCGCGUAUAGUUGUGGAGUCGCCGGAGAUGCUCCCGACGUCGGUCAGCCCUGAAGAGGCUGAGAAAGCUCUGGGAUUGAGCACUGGGCAGGUCGCGAAGUCUGCCAGUGCCCCCAGUCCCCCGUCUGCCGUGCCCACCAGCCUCGUCGCAGACUAUGCGCAGCCUCAUCCCGUUCGCAGCGCGUCGCCUGCCCCGUCGCUCGAGGCCAUCCUGCUAGAUCGCAAGCGGCGGAUGGCUGCUGGCAAUGUUAGCCCACCUUCUGGUGCCGCGCGGCCGCAUGCUGGUGGGAGCCCGCCGCAGGAUGUGAGGCACGUCCGCGUCGCGACGCCGACGGGCGGCAAAGGCUCGAAGUUCAAGAGCAGUCCGUUGAGUGGAGGGGAGAAUAAUGGGCUUGCUACGCUGGAGAGGGUCAAGGGCGAGAACGAUGAGACCCGUAUACCUGACGGGAAGGACAAGGAAGGCCCUGAUAAAGAGGGUAAGCAGGAGCAGGAGUGAGGAAACUUGGAGAGUUGACGAUGGUUCAGAGUGAACGAACUGAGCCGGAUACUGUACGAGAAUAAUAGACUUUCACCGCUGUACAUUUACGUUUGGACCUGUGCUUUCGUACGACACUGAUUGAAUUGCAAUGUACAUCACGACUUCUGGUUUUGCUGCAAUCACAGUCCCA